GGACCCGCGCCCCGGGCCUCAUCCGCGACGGGCUCGAUUUCCCGGGGACGCGUUUUCCCGCCGCACGCCACCGUCCGGAGCGUCCUGAGGAACACCUUCCGGCGGCCGGGCGCGGAGCCCUGGCCGGGCUGCGGCCGGAGGUUGUGCUGCUUUGUGUGCGGGUGGCGGAGCCCCGGGAAUUCCCGGAGCCCUCGGCCUUCGUCCCCGCGGCGCCAGGACGGGCAGCGGUGGUUUCGGAGAGUGACUCCCGGAAGUCCCACCCCGGGGCUCCUGGCGCGGCCCCGCCGACCCCUCUGCGUGCUCUCCUACCCGGCCUGUUUGUGGCCAGGACAUGUCGUACGUGGUCCGGUGGGCAACAGGGAGUGGGGAGGCUCGGAGAAGCGUAUGAGACCACCUGCUCCCUGUGGCAUGCCCAAGUCCUGCUUCUGUUCCCCCUGAGAGAGGCGACCAUGCCCAAGCUGCAGGGCUUUGAGUUCUGGAGCCAAACGCUGGGAGGUGCCCGCCACGUGGUGGCCCCCAUGGUGGACCAGAGCGAGCUGGCCUGGAGGCUGCUGAGCCGCCGCCAUGGGGCCCAGCUCUGCUACACACCCAUGCUGCAUGCCCAGGUCUUCGUCCGUGAUGCCAACUACCGCAAGGAGAACCUGUACUGCGCCGUGUGCCCCGAGGACCGGCCCCUCAUAGUGCAGUUCUGUGCCAAUGACCCGGAGGUGUUUGUGCAGGCGGCUCUGCUGGCUCAGGAUUACUGCGAUGCCAUUGACCUGAAUUUGGGCUGCCCGCAGAUGAUCGCCAAGAGGGGUCACUACGGUGCCUUUCUGCAGGAGGAGUGGGACCUUCUCCAGAGGAUGAUUCUGCUGGCUCAUGAGAAGCUCUCUGUCCCUGUCACCUGCAAAAUCCGAGUCUUCCCAGAGAUCAAGAAGACUGUGCAGUAUGCCCAGAUGCUGGAGAAGGCAGGCUGCCAGCUGCUGACUGUGCACGGGCGCACCAAGGAGCAGAAGGGGCCCCUGUCAGGUGCUGCAUCCUGGGAGCACAUCAAGGCUGUGAGGAAGGCUGUGACCAUCCCGGUGUUUGCUAAUGGGAACAUCCAGUGCCUGCAGGACGUGGAGCGCUGCAUCCAGGACACAGGCGUGCAGGGGGUCAUGAGUGCAGAGGGCAACCUGCACAACCCUGCUCUUUUCGAGGGCCGCAGCCCUGCCGUUUGGGAGCUGGCUGAAGAGUACCUGGACAUCGUCCGUCAACACCCCUGCCCCCUGUCCUACGUCCGCGCCCAUCUCUUCAAGCUGUGGCACCACACUCUCAGGCUGCAGGUGCACCAGCAGCUCCGAGAGGAUCUCGCCAAAGUGAAGACGCUGGAGGGCAUUGCAGCUGUGAGCCGAGAGCUCAAGCUCCGCUGUGAGGAGGAUAUGUCCAGGCAGAAGGAGGGGGAGAAGCCCUCAGGCAGCCUGCCUUUCUUCCACUGGAUCUGCCAGCCCUAUAUCCGGCCAGGGCCCAAGGAGGGGAACAAGGAGAGUGGGGGUGCCCGAAGCAAGCGGGCCCUGGAGGAAGAGGAGGGCAGCACUGAAGUCCUGUCUAAGAACAAGCAAAAGAAGCAGCUGCGGAAUCCUCGGAAGACCUUUGGUCCCUCACAGAAACCAAAAUAUGCCAAAUGUGAUCAGUGUGGAAACCCAAAGGGCAGCAGAUGUGUGUUCGACCUGUGCCGUAGCUGCUGCAAGAAGCGGGCCUUCAGAGAGACUGCAGACUGCCCAGGUCACGGACUGCUUUUUAAAACCAAACUGGAGAAGUCUCUUGCCUGGAAGGCGGCCCAGGCACAGGCAGGGUCCAGGGAUCCAGGCAGCUUCCCCGAGGUGCUGGGGAGCGCCCGAGCCUAGGCCUGCUGCCUACGCCGGACACUCGGCAAAACCUUUCACUCAGGGAACCUCCUGCUUCUUAACAGAAGGAUGAGCCGAUGGUUUCCCCCGGUCCACACUGAGGCCCAGAAAUGCUGCACUGGGGAGCAGGCUCCCAGGCUGGACCUGCCCUGUCCUCACCACUUGUGUUAAAAAACAAACAAUAAACCAUUUUAAAGGUG